UGGGGUCUCCCUGGGGAUCCCCCACAGCACAGAGAAUGGGGCGCACUGGGGUCUCGUCUGCCCAGGUUCCUGGCCCACCCUCCUCCCUGCAGGAGCGGAGGGCUGUGGAUUAUGUGCUAAGCGAGGUGACUGCAGCAUGUGGUCCCCUCUCUCCUCCCCUGGGGGCGGGACUGAGUGCGUGCAGGUGGGGGUGUUUUGGUAGGGUCUAGUUAAAUGUCCUUGCUGCCCUGGGUUCUGUCAGCGAAGGUUACUGGGAGCAGCACCUGGCCCUUGGAGGGGAAGGCUGGGACGAACCUUAGUUCCCAGGACAGUUCGUUCCCUGGACUGUGAUCGGCCCUGGAGGAGGCUCUGUCUCCUGCACAGACCAGCUUUGCCUGUUGGCAGAGAGUCCCCCUAGCUCGAGGAGUGGAGCUGUCGACCCCGGUCCCCAUCCCAGGGUUUUAGGCUCUGUUAGAUACGCCGGGCCCAGGCCAUGGAGCUCUGAGACGUGCCUGACCCAGCCCUGGUCUCUCUUGUCCAUGGGGCACCAGUGCAGGCCUCGCUUGGAGGCAGAGCUCUCUGAGGUCAUGCUGGUCAAGAACGAGGUCAACUACGCGCUCAACAACCUGUCCAGCUGGAUGAAGGACGAGUUUGUGGUGAAGAAUCUGGUUACUCAGCUGGACACAGCCUUCAUCCGGAAGGAGCCCUAUGGGGUGGUGCUGAUCAUCGGGCCCUGGAACUACCCCUUGCACCUCAUCCUGGUGCCCCUGGUCGGGGCCAUCGCUGCUGGGAACUGUGUCAUCAUCAAACCCUCCGAGAUCAGCAGCAACACUGAGAAGCUCGUGGCUGAGACGCUGCCCAGCUACCUGGACAAGGACUGCUUUGCUGUGGUGACUGGGGGCCCCGCGGAGACCACCCAGCUGCUGGAGAACAAGUUUGACUACAUCUUCUUCACUGGCAACCCCCAAGUGGGCAAGAUCGUUAUGGCAGCUGCGGCCACGCACCUGACGCCGCUGACGCUGGAGCUGGGGGGCAAGAACCCCUGCUACGUGGCUGAUGAAAGCGACAUACAGAAUGUGGCCAACCGGCUGGUCUGGGGGCGCUGCUUCAACGCUGGGCAGACCUGCAUCGCGCCCGACUACGUGCUGUGCAGCGCGGAGACGCAGGAGAAGCUGCUGCCCGCCCUGCGCCAUGCCAUCACCCAGUUCUUCGGCCCCGACCCCCAGGAGUCGCCCGACUUCGCCCGCAUCAUCAGUGACAAGCAGUUCCAGCGCAUCCAGGCCCUGCUGGGCAGCGGGCGCGUGGCCAUCGGGGGGCAGACAGAUGAGAAGGAGCGCUACAUUGCCCCCACGGUGCUGGUGGACGUGCAGCCGUCGGAGCCUGCCAUGCAGGAGGAAAUCUUCGGGCCCGUCCUGUCCAUCGUCACCGUGCCCAAUGUGGAUGAAGCCAUCGCCUUCAUCAACAGCCGGGAGCGACCGCUGGUCGUGUACGUCUUCGCCACCGACAGCAAGCUGGUGCACCGGGUGCUGGAGCGGACGAGCAGUGGUGGGUUUGGUGCCAACGACCCCAUAAUGCAAAUGACGCUGCUCUCGCUGCCCUUCGGUGGGAUUGGGAACAGUGGGCUGGGCUCGUACCACGGCAAGUUCAGCUUUGACACCUUCUCUCACCAACGCGCCUGUCUCCUGCGCGGUAUGGGCCUGGAGACCAUGAACUCCCUGCGCUACCCACCCUACAGCGAGCGCAAAAUGGGGCUGCUAACUUCUGCCUCCGAGAUCAAGCGCAAGGGUACCUGCACCCUGCUGUGACAGGAGUGUCGGGUCUGCUCAGCCCAGCACUGUACAACCCACAGGCUGCCUGACUGCCAUGGGGGAGAAGGCCUGGCUGACCUUAGGAGGGCCCCUCCAAAGGGGUUAAAUAGUCUUCGUCCGACUCCUUCAUCUUCCUGGGGCGAGGGGCACAGCUUCCUCCAUCCCAUCUCUGGGAGCUCCUGCCCCUCCUCGCCCAGCCUCUUGCUUCCCCAUCUCCAGCUGCUUGGGUAGUAGGGAGAGAGCUUCUCCUGUGUCUCCGAGCUGCCCCUAUCCCACUGCCCCCAUGGAGACAGAUGCUGGGGGGGAGGAAAUGCCAAGAGGGCUGCCUAGGAAUGCCCCCCCAGGCCAGGUGUCUGCCCUACCAGGGAGACAUGUAGGCCCUGUAAUCUCAGUGGUGCCCUCCCACACCGGUGCCCCCCAGGCUGCUGCUGUGUUGCCCAGGAAGGGCAGUGCCAUCCUCUCAGUGCACGUUUGGGGAGGGCAGGUAUCUCGGAGCCGAAGGAGCCUGCUCCGAGGGGGACGAGGGCCACAGGGGCAGUAAGAGCAGCUAGCAACCCAGCCUGCUCUCAGGGAAUCACUCCUGCCUCAGACAUGCCCGCUCUGCCGGCUUAGCCUCGUUCUCCGAUCAUGCUCUGUCCUCUCCGCCCAUCGCUGCCUUUGCCCCCUGCUCUGUGCUUUGCCCCAUGUAGAUUUUGGUUUAGUAAAGACUCAGCGUUGAACUCGC